AAGAAGUUGAAUUAUUAAAAGUUUAGAACAAUUGCACAUAUCAAGCUUUUCCGCUAUGACAGUUACAAUACACAAAAUGAGAUAAAUUCUUGGUAUGGUUGCAAGGGAUCAUUGCAUAUGAUAUAUGAUGGCCCACUGCAUGCAUAAAACUAUAUUUACAGGUUUAUAAUCUUGGGAGGGACUGGAGUAGGAAAAUCAAGUCUUCUCAAUGCUCUGGUUGGACGGAGACAUGACUUUCAUGGAGAAGGUUACAAUGAUGGCUGCUUUAAGGAAGAGAACCUAUAACGCUGAAACCCUGCAUUUCAUGCUAAAUCAGGAAGAGAACCUAUAACGCUGAAACCCUGCAUUUCAUGCUAAAUCAGGAAGAGAACCUAUAACGAUGAAACCCUGUAUUUCAUGCUAAAUCAGGAACAGAACCUAUAACGCUGAAACCAUAUAAUUCAUGCUAAAUCAGGAAGAGAACCUAUAACGCUGAAACCCUGUAUUUCAUGCUAAAUCAGGCAGAGGACCUAUGACACUGAAACCCUGUAUUUCAGGCUAAAUCAGGAAAAGAACCUAUAACAAUGAAACCCUGUAUUUCAUGCUAAAUCAGGAGGUGAACCUGUGACAAUGUAACCCUGUAUUUCAGGCUAAAUCAGGGGGUGAAUCUGUGACAACGAAACCCUGUAUUUCAGGCUAAAUCAGGAGGUGAACCUGUGACAAUGAAACCCUGUAUUGAUGUACAGCCAUGGUUGGGAAACGAAUCAAUAGGAAUGGUUACUCUGAUCGAUACUCCAGGUCUUGGGUUGAAUGCCAGCAUGGAUGCUGCGACAAUGUCAAGUAUAGUGAAACUACUGAAGGAUUUAAAACAUGUUCAUGUUUUUAUCCUGGCUUACAAGGAGAACGAUCACAGAGCAACGCAGGAGAUGAAGUAUAUGCUAGAAUACUUAAUUGAAGUAUUUGGUUCAAAUAUAUGGAAUUAUGCUAUACUAGAGGCAACACACUGGAGCUAUGAGAAGAAACAGAUGGAGAUACGAGCAGAAAAUAAUCGAACAGAGAAAUCCUGGGCCCAGAGGUUCAACACAUUCUUUUCAAGAGAAUUCAAACUUAGGGGAGAUUUCACGCUUCCGGCAGUUUUUAUAGAUUCUUUUCAUACGGUUUUUCCUGAGGAUGCCUUUCAGAGGGCCAAGUUUGAGGAGAAUGCUGAAAAACUUUGGAAAUUCGCGAAUUCGAGGAAAAACACACCUUACACUUGCAAUGAUAUAGAGGUUUUAUUGAACGAGCGAGCUUUGAUGGAGCAAUCUUUACAUAAUCUGACGGCAUUGAAGGCAGCACAGGAACUGAAUCUCACCCUAACACAAAUGGAGGUUGAGAUGCUACAGGAUAAAGUCGGGGAAAAGGAUGUUAUUAUCAAGACAAGCUAUACACUUGAAACAUUAGGUUUGUGUGGAGGGUUGAGUCUGAUUCUAGGUCUUUUUAUUGGAAUAAUCUCAACUGCAAUAUGUGCCAGUAAAUUUGGCGAAAUCGGAGAUUUUAUUGCUGGUUCAGACCCAACUCAUUUCCAGGUUAACGAGGAAGGAAACCAUGAGAACUACAGUGAGACAACUGUUAAAGAAACUUAAUCUUAAAUCCUUUUGUACAAAAUAGAUUAAAAGUUGCUUUCACUUUUUAAAAUAGAUUGAUUGAUAUAAUUAAUAUAAUAUGUUCAUUAAUUAAUGUACCUCUUGCAAAUAUCAAUAAAAGUAAUUAACAUUUGU